GGUAGUGUGGAGGGGCAGGCUGGAGCUAGGUAGCUAAGCAGCUUGGCAAAUGGAGCUACUGAGGAUUCCACACAGGAACCCUGCAGUCCUCUCUACCGUUUAUGGGUUGAACCGCACGAAAUUGCCAAUAUUCGGCCAUUUGGAGCCAAGACAAAUGUCAGCUUUGUGGGGUGUAGCCUCACAGAGAGGCUGCUCGGGGGUCUUUGCAGAGGGUGGAUGAGCAGAGGGCAUACUCUGGAGCCUGCUGGGGGACCCAGCCCUGAGGCCACCAGGCCAGUGGUGCCCAGACUCUGGAGUGGGCUAGGAGAAAGGGGAGGUUCAGGAAACCCGGAGGUGGUAAAGUGGCAGAGCUGGGGCGGGGGGCGAGUGCAGCAGAGGAAAAGGUGCACUGAGGCUGAGGUCCAGGGUUGCGGACAUGUGGACCGUGUGAGUCCAGCCAGGUCUAUGUGCACCUCGUCUGAACUACAAUUUCCAAGUUACCAGUGACUGUGGAUAACUCUCAGGUCAGCAACUUGUCAGUUGAUUUCCAAGCUGCUGUUUAACAGACUCUGGCUCUGCAGGGAGCACCUGGGCAAGCUCCCUGCUGCGGGGUGGAUUCAGGCCCAUCUCACUGAUUCCUCUGCAGGCUGGACUCAGGCCCAUCUUGCUGAUUCCUCUUGCUUUUGUUGCUUUUGCUCUCCAGUGUGUCCUCAGGAGGUCAGAGCCCGCUUGUUGCUGCUUCAUGACCCCAGGAGGAGGGGCACCAACAUUAGGGCGCUAGCAUGUCCCCAGUGGUGGCUUCCCAGGGCUGCAACCCUGGGGGAGGGGUUAGGACAGGAACCCCUGUCGCUUGCUGCCACUGCCUGGGUCAACCGCCUGGCAGGACUGGCCACUCCUGCUCGAAAGGCUGAGGCCUUGCCUGCCUUCUCCUUUUACCCAGCGCUCAUGCAGGGACACACCAUGGUUGGCAUUCUGUCUGCUCACACGGAGCCUCCUCACCAUGACUGCAGCUUUGAAUUUCCAGAGCAGCAGCCGGCCAGAGAGAUCGAGCUCACCCUGCAGGUUUCCCACCCCACGGUGGCCUUGGGGACUCUGCUUACCAGCCACACCUCCGCGGCCUCCUGUCCGGGCUCUCCCACUCCAGCUGCCAUGGCAAAGCCAAGUGGGCCCUCCCUGGAGCUCUCCUGCCUCCUGGGGGUGCUGACUGUCCUCCUGUAG